GUUGCCGUUCCUCACAGUGUUUGAUGCGACGAUGCAAUCUUCGGUGACCAGUUCACUGUAGUCAUUCCUACAAGCUACUCUCCAACACAACUUUUAGUACCUGCUGCGCCUCCAGCCCGCUCACUUAUCCAGAGACCAAACAAGAGACAUUUUCCUUCAGUUUCAGUCUCAUUUUUCCCGUAAAACCAGGCCAGGCUAGACCUGUCGCGCAACAUCCCCGCCACCUCUCGUGGAUUUGUUUUUCCCCCGCAGCCAAAAUAGUCUGGUGCUCGAAGGGACUUUGGCGGAUUGUUGGCCGAACAUGACGAGAAGAUGUCGAAGAAGGCGUGAACCGACUGAUAACGAGGAUUAGCUCUGCAUUUAACAGAUGUGCAGUGAGGUGCCCUGGUUGCAGAUUCAACCUGCUCGGUCAUCGAGCUGGGGGGCUGGGGGGGGGGGCGGCAUUUGGGAGAAGUCGUGUGGAGCACAGAGAGCUUAUUAGAGCCGAGAAUACAACAAGGUCCAGCCACGCACCCCCUGUGCUGACAGAGGACUGAGGUGGGAGGAGAGCCGCGGCACCGUGCUUCGUUUCUGACAGUGGUUUUUACGCCUGGACUUUCAGCACACUGCGAAGUUGGCCAACACGGAGAAGUUUCCAGUCCGCCACCAGUAACACUUGCUGUUUGCGGAAGCGUAUCACACUGGGCUCUAUGUUCACAAUCGGCUGGUAACUGCACCUAGCUUGAGUGUGUUAAUCUACUGCAGUGUUUUGUCCACAGCGCGAGGCUCUCUGAACUGAAGUCCACUUUAAAUGCGGACUGGUUUGCGGUCGCAACACCGCUAUGGAGCUGACAUACUGGAGCAUCGUCCAUCUGGGGUGCAUCUUCCUGAGCUGGGCUCGUCUGGCUUCCACAGAGGAAGAGGUCUUGAUGAACACUAAGACAGAGACUUCUGAUCUCAAAUGGACUAUCUUCUCGCGUGCCAAACCCGAGUGGGAGGAAGUAAGCGGCUUAGAUGAGGAGAACAACAGCGUGAGGACCUAUGAGAUCUGUCAGACCGACAGCUCAUCCAGCCACUGGCUGCGCAGUGGCUUCAUCCAGCGUCGAGGAGCAUCUCAGGUUUACGUUGAACUGCGGUUCACCAUGAUGGAGUGUUCUUCCAGGAGCACCCACCAUCGCAGCUGUAAGGAGACCUUUAACCUCUACUACUACCAGGCAGACUCCAACGAGGCCACGGCCACUUACCCACCCUGGAUGGAGAACCCAUACACCAAGGUGGACACAGUGGCCGCAGAUUUUCUACUGAGGAAGGGUGGAGAGCGGAAAUUUAAUGUGAAGACCUUAAGACUCGGCCCUCUAUCUAAAAGAGGCUUCUACUUGGCUUUUCAGGCUCAGGGCGCCUGCAUGGCCCUGCUGUCUGUCAGGGUGUUCUUCAAAAAGUGUCCAACCCUGGUCAGUGCUCUCUCCUCCUUCCCUGAGACCGUUCCCCGUACUCUAGUGCAAGAGGCACAGGGUGCGUGUGUAGAGCACGCCGCCCAGCAGGGGCCCCGACCUCGGCCCCCUAAGCUCUUCUGCGGGGAAGAUGGCCAGUGGGUGGGCCAGCCAACAACCUCCUGCGCCUGCCUACCAGGAUUUGAGCCCGCUGAGGGACACACACGAUGCACAGCCUGUCCUAUGGGUCAGUUCAAGUCCGGCACAGAGGGACAGUGCAGAGGCUGUCCAGGAUUGAGCCACACCACCAUCAGAGGGGCGUCAGUGUGCGCAUGUCGCUCUGGAUACCUGCGUGCGGAAUCUGACACUCCCGACACCCCGUGCACUAAACCUCCGUCGGCCCCACGUAGCAUCAUCACCAAGAUCAACGACGCCACGCUCAGUCUGGAGUGGAACGAGCCGCUGGACAACGGCGGCAGAACAGACCUGAGCUACACUGUAAGCUGCUCUGUGUGUAGGUCGCCCAAGGGAUCGUGCCUCCCCUGCGGAGACAGUGUCAGCUACCGGCCAGCACAACAUGGCCUGCUAGGUCGCAGGGUGGAGGUGUGGGGCCUGCUACCGCACACCACGUACACUUUCACUAUCCAGGCACUCAACGGAGUCUCUCAGCUCGGCGGCAAGGACCCUGCCAGUGAAAGUGUCAACAUCACCACAAGCCAUGAUGUGCCAUCACUGGUGUCUGUGAUUCAGAAGAGUGACUCCACAGAGAGCAGUCUGACUCUGCAUUGGUCAGUCCCAGCUCAGCAACACUACACCAUCCUGCAGUAUCAGCUACGCUACUGUGAGAAGGAGCGACAAAGUGAGGAUCAGUGCCACUACACAGAGAGCAACAGAAACCAGGUUGUGCUGACAGACCUCCGCAGGGCCACUCAGUACGAAGUGCAGGUUCGCGCGCGCACCAUCGCCGGUUAUGGCAGCUUCAGUCCUGCAGCUAUCUUCCACACCCUGCCUGAUGGACAUGGCUCUGCCUCCCAGUUCUUGGUACCUGGCAUCCUUAUCGCUGUUGGGAUGCUGCUGCUUGUCACUUUCGUCUUUGUGGUCGCUUACUGCAUACGCAAACACAACCGAAUGAAGGAUCCAGAACUGAAUGACAAAAACAACCAGUACCUUGUUGGCCAAGGGGUCAAGGUUUACAUCGACCCCUUCACCUAUGAGGACCCUAAUGAGGCAGUGCGAGAAUUUGCCAAGGAAAUCGAUGUUUCCUUUGUCAAGAUUGAGGAGGUUAUCGGCGCUGGAGAGUUUGGGGAGGUGUGUCGAGGACGGCUGAGGAUCCCAGGGAAAAAAGAGAACUAUGUAGCAAUAAAGACACUAAAGGGAGGCUACACGGAGAAGCAGAGACGGGACUUCCUGUCUGAGGCGUCCAUCAUGGGCCAGUUCCAGCACCCGAACAUCAUCCACCUGGAGGGGAUCAUCACGGCCAGCUGUCCAGUCAUGAUCCUCACAGAGUUUAUGGAGAACGGAGCUCUGGACUCUUUUCUGCGGCUGAACGACAGCCAGUUCACGCCCAUCCAGCUGGUGGGUAUGCUGCGCGGCAUUGCCUCCGGCAUGAAGUACCUGGCAGAGAUGAGCUACGUCCACCGAGACCUUGCUGCCCGCAACAUCCUAAUCAACAGCAACCUGGUGUGCAAGGUGUCUGACUUUGGCUUGUCACGCUUCUUGCAGGAGAACUCGUCUGACCCAACCUACACCAGCUCUCUGGGAGGUAAGAUCCCAAUCCGCUGGACAGCACCAGAGGCGAUAGCCUUCAGAAAGUUUACCUCAGCCUCAGAUGUCUGGAGCUAUGGCAUUGUCAUGUGGGAGGUGAUGUCUUUUGGAGAGAGGCCGUACUGGGACAUGAGCAACCAGGAUGUAAUCAAUGCUAUAGAGCAGGACUACCGGCUGCCCCCGCCCCCUGACUGCCCCACCCACCUGCACCAGCUGAUGUUGGACUGCUGGCAGAAGGACCGCUCGGCGCGUCCUCGCUUCACGGACCUCGUCAGCGCUCUGGACAAGCUGAUCCGCAAUCCUGCGUCGCUGAAAAUAGUAGCUCAGGAAGGAGCAGGGCCGUCCUACCCCCUGUUGGACCAGCGUCCACCUUUAGCCCUCUCGGCGUGUGCUACAGUGGGGGAAUGGCUGAGGGCCAUCAAGAUGGAGCGCUACGAAGACAGCUUCCUGCAGGCUGGCUUCAACUCAGUGGACCAGCUGGCCCAGAUCACCACACAGGAUCUCCUGCACAUGGGUGUAACUUUGGCCGGGCAUCAGCGAAAAAUCCUUUCCAGCAUCCAGACUAUGAAUUUUCGGAACAAGAGCACUGCAACUAUGACCUUCUAGCUCACCUGUCUCCUAACCUGGACAUUACACCAGCACACAGGUGCCGCCAUGUACUGAGAGCUCUCUGGAUCCUCUCCUGUGACCCAAUUUUGAACACGGACUCCAAGAGAGAUUGGCAGAAUUUAUUCAUGACCAGGAAAAAAAAAAAAGAUAAAGAAUCAGUGGCAUAAAGAUGAUUUUCCCAUGAGGAUGAGAGAGUCGUCUGGAAACUGGCAUGUCCCUGUCCCCCCAGCCUGAAGGGGAUGAAGCUGACAAUGUGCAGACUGACUUUGCCUCAUUUUGACAGUUUGUGGUCAGUGUUUUAAUAUCUACCAGAGGUUAGGACCCAAUAAAUGUGCUAAACCAACAGGAGAGACAGAUCAGAGUUUACAAAGUUUCUGUAGUAUCAUGUCAUUUUGAAAACUGGCAGUUGACGGGUUGUUAAACGUCGCUUCACCAAAGGAGAUUAAAAGGAAUGCUGAUACCAAUUCAAGGAAUCAGCUUUCAUAUUGUUGUGUAAUAAUGAAUGAGAACUGCUUUCACCCUGGGUGUCUUGCGUUAUAUCCAUCUGGAUUACAUUACUAAAUAGGCACCUUUCACAUCAAGACUGAGCAAUUUAACUGUUGGAUUUUACUUGUUUGUUUCCAUUUGAUUUCAACAUUACCUCCUCUUUACUCAGGUGUGAUGUGUAAUGCAGACUUUGGAGAGGGCUGUACUUCUCCUAAUCAUGCUUCUCUCAUCUUCGUCAGUCUGGCAGAAAUCAGAAACUCAGAAAUGUGUGACGAGAGGAGAGACGCAGACACAUCAGCACUUUUGUCAUUUCAUAGUGAAUUGUAAUCUUCAGUAACUCCAUGUGUUUCCCUUUGAGGGUGGUUGGUUAUUCCCACUGCCUGUGUUUCCGCUGGCAGCUCAGUUUUAUUAUAAUUAGACUGAAUGAGAACCAAGUGGACUCACAGACCAGAGAACACUGUAGAAUUGGUUUUCUUUGUAGAAAUUUGAAAAGGAAGCAAUCUGGCCUCAAACUUGUUUUUUGUUGAUAUAACUGAUACGAUUUUUUUAUUCUGUAUCUUCCAUCUUCCAGUGCCAUUCAGUUGUCUUUGUGGACUUAAAUGCCAGUUUCGUACAGCUGAAACCUCUCAUGAGUGAUUCAAUUUUGUCUUGUUUAAAUGUACCUUAAAGGGUUACUUUGACAUUUUGAAGUUUAGUGUAUUUUUUCCUUCAUCGGGUGCUUGUUGUGUGGAUGGCACAAUGUUUCUGCUUUUGCCCAGCUAGCUGCACAAAAAUGGUUUCUUAAAAUUUAGCAUGGCAAACAAUACACAACUAACAGGCUAGCUUGUAGCCAGCAGUAUCCAUUGGUUUCUGGGUGGAAUGCUAACAACACCGUUGAACUCCUGAUUGAUUAGCAGAGCAGCCCCCCUUCACAUUAUUACGUGUGCUUGUUGAAGAAGAAGAAUGGACUGGAGUUGAAAAUGUCAAGGUAUUUCUCAAAGACUUUAUAGCUCUUGAAGGAUAAUACCAGCCUUUUUGACAUUUGGGUCAUGUAUAAUUUUCCCCAGGUGGCUCAUAGACCUGUUGUGAAUCUGGAAAAUGGAGCUUAAACAGCUACUAAAACAACUAUGUUGGAUAUAAAAUGCAUAGUAUUGCUUUCCUAAAUGGUUUUUUCUUUGUGCCAUAGUCAAAACAGUUCUUUGCGUUUUGUGUUUUGUAGUAUUUUUUAUUUUUUUAUUUAUUGUUCAGCUGACAAUUUUUUUU